CGAAAGCACCAUGCAUCCUCGGAUCUCUGGGAAGCCUCGCCGACCCGGGCCUGGGGAUGCCUCGCCGACCCGGGCCUGCAUGGACCCCCGAGCAGCGCGGCCCUGCGCGCUCCUGGGCCUGGGCCCCCCCAGGGGCCGCGCGAAGGGCGUGGGCCUCCCCGCUGCCGGGGGGCCGCUCUCCCGCUGGCGGCCGGUCCAUCGGGCGUGGUCCUGGUCUAUGGCGGCAUGGGCCCGUCGGGCUCCCUCAGCGACGUCCACGCGUACAGGGUCGUUGAGCGGAGCUGGGUCCACUGCGCCACCACCGGGGCUGCGCCUUCGGGGCGGGUAGCGCCUUCCCUGGCGCUGUGGGAGGGCGGGAGCCAGCUGCUGGUCUUCGGGGGCAUGGACGACCUCGGUUUCCCAGAGGAGUUGCACAGCUUGAGCUUCGAGGGCAGCGACGUCCACUCGGGAGAGAGCCUCGUCGGCCACUGGUCCGUCGUAGAGGUCGGGAGCACGAGGCCCAGCGGGCGGUACGGCCACACUGCCGUCUUCGACGAGGCCAGCUCCACCAUGCUCGUGUUCGGGGGCUCCGACGACCACUACCAGGCGCUAAAGGAGCUAUGGCGCUACGAUGCCGCUGCGCAGGCGUGGUCCCUGCUGUUGCCCUCUGGGGCGGCGCCCGCGAGCCGCUACUACCACGCGGCGGCGUGGGGCCCGGCGCAGGAGAAGAUGUUCGUCAGCGGCGGCAUCACCGGCGGUGCCGACUUGCCGACGGAGGUGCUGGGCGACCUGUGGGUCUACGAUGCCAGGGAAAACUCGUGGCGCGAGCUGGUCUCCAGCAGCGCGGGCGUCGCGGCGCCCGCGCGGUGGUCCCACACAUGGUCUUCAUGGACACCGUGCAGGAGAGCCUGA